AUGAUUUCAACAAUCGGCACAACAACAAUUCAAACAACUACAGCACCAAACUCGCUAGUCAUGAAUCCUACGUCAAUGUUGGUAGAGAUGAAAAGCUUUAUUCCUUCUUCAUAUACUUUUGAAACAGAAAUCCAGAAGAUAAAGCAAGAACUUUUAACAAGUAAUUUAGACUGUAGUGCGAAAGAUGAAACAAAUGAACAGUAUCUUUAUGAAAUGGAGGACCUCAUCGACCAUUUGCCUAAACUACCUGAAAUUCAGCAGCAAAAACUAACUAUUCCUGAAUUCGACGAAAUUGAAGUCAAAGCAACUCACUCAGUAGAAAUUAAGAAAUUCAUACGUAAAGUAAAUUAUGAAUUCCUUGGUUUUCAUUGCAACCAUAAAGUUAUGGACAAAGAUUGCGACAUGGUUUAU